AUGAGGGAGAGAGGGAGAAGAAGGGUGAGAGGAAAUGACGAUGACGAAGACGUUCUUAAGGCGUCAGUGAACUCAGAGGCUGACGGCUCUGCUCGAGCCUUCAAUGCUGCCGCCAGGUGCGCUGCACCACCGGCGCAGGUGCGCUGCACCACCGGCGUAGGUGCGUUGCACCACCUGCGCAGGUGCGUUGCACCACCUGCACAGGUGCGCUGCACCACCUGCACAGAAUUGAGUUUUGUGUUGUUGCAGGUCGCAACCGUCUCACACGGACAGCUAGUCACAAAAAAGAACCCUCUGGACGCUUCCAUCAAAGACGUGCGAAUUUUCUGCAAUAGCAAUGACAUCGUCGUAUCUAUCGAAGCAACAGCCAAGUUCAACGGCAUGAUCUACCCUAAGGGUUUGUCCAAGAAUUCAUCGUGUAUGGCCGAGUAUAAGGAACAAAUAAAUCCUGUCCUAUACAAGUUACCUCUCAAGUCCUGCAACACCAUGAGCGUUGAACUGGACGAUGGCAUCGAAUAUUUCAACACAGUGGUGGUUCAGCCGCACCGUAAGCUGGUUACCAACCAGGGCAGAGGCUACCACAUCCGCUGCAAGUACCAGACCCAAGAGAAGACUGUCACCAACGCUUUCAACGUCAGCGACUUUAACGCCAGUCUGCGCUUGCCCGGUGAUGCCUUCGGUGGUGACGGCAAAGAAGAUCUGAACGGCACGAGUUUCCUGGGCACGACGCCCCUGACUGCCACGGCCCCCAUGCCAGGCUGCUACAUGCGCAUCUUCGCCGGCGAGCCGUCGGACCGCCAGGUGGCCGAGAACGUGCGCAUCGGCGAUCCUCUCACCAUGGUCAUCUCUCUCGACAACCAAGAGAUUUACGGCAUGAAGGUGACAAGUUGCUUGGUCAGAGAUGGUCUUGGUUGGGGCGAACAGAUGCUCAUCAACGAUCAAGGCUGCCCUGUGGACUACGAGAUUUUAGGGCCGUUCGAGUACAGCUCCAGCAAGACCACGGCAGCUGUACGCUUCCAGGCUCACAAGUUCCCGUACACUUCGUCAGUGUACUACCAGUGCAACGUGCAGCUGUGCAUCAAGAAUGCUGACGGAUGUGCUGAUGUACCGCCCGUGUGCGUCGAGGGUCAGAACUUGCGUCGUCGGCGUCGUGACGUGAGCGUCAGCGGAGACGGCAACCUGACGGAAGUUGAGGCUGAAGUUGACGAGGAUCUUACCAUCGAAGUGUUCAGUGGUCUCUACGUCAACGAAGAGGAGGAGCUCCCCGAGCCCGACUUGCAGGGAGGUGUCAGUUCUUCGGCAGAUAUCCGAAAAGAAGAACUGGAUGACCCCGACAAAUUCUGCCUCUCACCAAAGACUUUUGCUAUCGGCAUUGCGAUAGCCGGCCUCAUCCUGAUGAUCGCGGUGAUUGCGGCGAUACUUGUGCUUAUCUCCCGACGAAGGAGAAGGAAGGACGACAGCACCACUGGCUCAUCGAUCUAUUCUGGCCCCUACACCAACACUGCUUAUAGUCAUUCUUCAUGAACAGUGCUGCCUAAUUCAUUUAGUAGUUCUUCCUAAAUGCUGCAUUUCGAAGCCUUGUCUAUGUUGUUGAGUGGACUUGAAAAGUCAGAAUGGUUUCUAGGAGAAACUGGAAGAGCUCGCACGCACAAAACUGCAAUUAAGUCUAGAAUUAUAGGAGUCCUCCGUCAUAUUUGACCAAAAAGUAGUAUCUAACUGUAAGAUUCCGCCGAGCCAUUUUAAAAAGUAUCCAUGUUAGCAUCAGUACAAUUUCACUCUAAAUCUCUUGCUACACGUAAUGUUAUGCAAGAAGAAUUUUUAUGUACCGACAAUGUAGAAUUUAGCUGAAAUUUUACCCAUAUUUCUUACUGCUCUAUCUGGUCCGAAGAUAUUGCGGCCAAACAUCAAUGCCCCUCAAUAAAUAAUACGUAAUGAAUGUGGACUCAGGUUCAGAGUUUCGAGGUGCCUCCGGUACAGUUUGAGUUUACUGCGACUCCUCUUCUAGGAAGAUGAAAGCUUCUUAUGAUAUUUCCACGAGCUCUCUAUUGCAUGAACUGUCGCUUAUCGGUUUACCCUUCGUAAUUUAAAUCUAUCUGUUCAUUUGUCAUAAGUUAGUCACUGAGAAACUGAGUUAUCCGCAUCUUGAGUUUUGGUUCACGCGCAUCAUUGCGUAUGACUCCGUCUUAACCGUGCGCUGCUGGAGGCGGUUGCCCUUGAACUACAACUGAGCUGAUCGAAUUCGCUUGGAAUUAUUAGUUCAUAAAAUGAAUCUGCCCCAAAUUACGUUUCAAUUUUAAAUAAUUUAACCCCUUAAUCAAGAAGCUAAAUGUUUUCUAGUUAUUUACAAGGUAUAGUAAAGUUUGUGCGCAGGUUCGGCUUCAAAUACGUCAUUGUUUCAAUUUUCUACGGAUAGCUUAAUUAUUUUUAUAUUGAAUUAUAAACUGCGAGUAUUUUACUAAAAUUUGAAUUGUUCACUCUUUUGAAGAAAAUGUUUGAUAACGCGUAUCCAUUACUCUUGUGCAGUCUAUUUUUCUUACUGAACUAAAAUUCUAUUACUUUUUCCUAAAUUUUUAAAUAAUUUCACGGGGUGUUUCCGAUAUUUUUCAAUAAAUUUUAAUCGAAAAUUUAGCCUCAAUUGUAUUAUUUGUGCGAACAGCAGUCAAGAAUUUAUAGUUAUGGGCAUAGGAGUGAAUGCCAGAACUUGAUAAGCGGAUGUCGUCAGUCGAGUAGAGUAGCUGCAUAGCACCAACUUAGCCAUUCUUAGUCUUAUAAUACGUAAGCAUAUAUUGUUUUAUUCAUCUUAUCAUUGAUACGGAGUGCAAUAAAAUUGAGACAGUAA